AUGUAUAACCAACGGUACAAUCUCAAUCGCUUGAAAAUCGAGAGUGGUAAAUACAAGGAACUUGAUCAGUUACAAAUGGUCAUCCAAGAAUUCAACAAACAACCAGGCGCACAAGAAUCAUUAAAAAUAUGGCAUACGCAAACCUCCCCUGAUCUGUUAGGAGAUUUACGAGUGCUAGAACCGUUGAAUGUAGACGAAAUUCUCAGUCGAUAUGGUAUCAAGGCGUAUCUUGACUUAGAGUGUCGCAAUGGUUUCAAUGCAGCUGAGAUUGGUGAUUAUCUUCACUUGGGCAAAGAAGAUAUUUUCGGGGGAAAUCAGCACAAUCAGUGCACUGAUAAAAUCACAUACAUUCAUGUCGAUCUUAAAGAAUCAACAAUUGAUCUCGUUGACAAUCGUGUUGAUUUGAUAACUUGUUUGGUUAUACUCCAUCGUAUUCCUAAAAUCGACUCGAUGUUAACUGAAUUAGUUCGUGUUCUACGACCCAACGGUUAUCUUAUCCUACGCGAACACGAUUGUAAACAGGAGUAUUCUCUUACGGCCAAAUAUCUGAAUUUCGUUCAGGCUCUCGUCAUAUUCGCUCGCAUUGGCGAAUAUAGUACGAUUUCAGCUGAUUGGAAUGAACAAAAAGCUGAAGUUAUUAAAUACACAAGCUCUAUUCAUUAUCGCACACGUGAAGAAUGGGGGGCAAAAUUGAAAAAAUUUGGCUUCAAUCUUCGAGCGAUAGUUUCUUACAGUUCGAAUACGAAUCAACCGAACCCCCAGCAGUUAUUUUAUGGCAUUUAUCAACUGAACGCAAAAUAA